UCGAAACCGCGACACGUCGCGCUCAGUGGAUUUAGCCACUCGGCCAUAUAUGUUGAGCGUUUUUUUGCGAGGAUUGAAAUGUUUUACCGUCGAGGUGCGUUUCAAUUUUAUCUUGUCAUAUCUCAGAGUAAUCUGCCAUCUAUAAAGAUGAAACUCUUCUGCUCAUUGCUACCUUGAUCAGAGGUUGCCAAAGUCUUUAAGAAAAUUGUGAAUUGAAUGUACCUAAUUAUGUAUCAACAAAAUUAAGAUACAGACAAACAGACACACGAAGCGACCAAGCAGUGCUGUAAAAUAAGUUUAUUUGUAAAGGUGUUUAUAUUGUAGACGUGAGCACACGUAUCUGAUCUGAUAUAACUACGUGGUGGCUACGGUGCCGGCCAGUGCGGGAGGCGGUGCCGGGUAAAACAGUUCUUCAGAAAGGGACAGCUUAUUUUGUACCAGAAGACUCGGGGUCACCAACAUGUCUAAGUUCUUCACAUUCAUGGCGGCGGUGCUGGCGUCGCUGGCGCCCGCGCAGCCCGGCCUCAUCGGCAACCUCAUCUCCGGCAUAGCGAACGACGUGGGAACUAUCAAACACGUCGUCGACAAGACGUUGUUCGGCAUCGGAUCCUCCCAAUGUUCAAAUGUGAAAUGGAUACUGGGAUUUAGCAAAGACAACUACGAUGGCAGUGAACCCAACAUGGAAGAGCUAACUCUCGACUUUAUAACUAACGAAGUGAACUUCGAAUACAAGUUGAUAGCCGCCGCGGCAAACCUGCCAAACAACCCGUUCUUCAACUCCAGCCGACCCAUUUACUUCUAUUUCCAUGGUUUCACUGACGAUCCCAACAAGCAAAGCUAUGCCAACAUCGGGCAGGCCUUCGUCAGCCAAGGUAACUACAACGUGGUGGCGCUGGACGCGAGCUCCCUGAUCCGGUUCCUGUACCUCCGCGCCUCCACUGUGGUGGAGUUCAUAGGCAUUGAGGUCGCCAAGGUGUUGGCCACUCUUUAUGAGAACGGCUUGGCCCCUGAAGACAUCCACCUGAUUGGACACAGUUUAGGCGCGCACAUCGCCGGAUUCGCCGGCAAGAAGUUCCAUGACUUGACUGGAAAGCUUGUUGGCCAGAUCGCAGGGCUGGACCCAGCUGGACCUUGCUUCUCAGAGUUGGAAAAUGACAGGAGACUCAGCAAGGAUCACGCCGAGUUUGUGUUUGUGAUGCACACCGACAGUGGUGUCUACGGAUUGGAUGAACAAAUCGGUCACGCCGACUUCUACCCCAACGGAGGCUACCAGCAGCCAAACUGCGUGUUCCAGACCUGCAGCCACAGCAGAGCCUGGCAGUUUUACGCGGAGUCCAUCAUCAACAUGACAGCCUUCGUCGGCGUCAGCUGUCCCGACUAUGAGUCAUUCAGAGAUGGCAAGUGCAACUACGGUAACACCAAUUACAUGGGUUUCCUGACUUCCCCAUGCGCUGAAGGCAAGUUCUACUUGGAAACUAAUGACAAGGCCCCAUUCGGACUCGGUAAAGAAGGUGUUGUCUACGGCGACAACCGCGGAGCAUUAACUAAAAUUAUAAACAAACUGGGAAUACUAAAGAAGUGAUGAACAGAAGAUAAUGGCUAUGCAUUAGUAACAAAACAAGACUUUA